AUGACCAGCACCAAGCCACCAAUUCCGACAAAGCUCCUCGUCCUGGACCUUCAGAGCGACAACCCUCGGAAGAGACUGGAGGCAGGCCUGGCAGUGGGCCAGCAGGCGCAGCUGAGCAGCGCACUCCAGGUUAGCCUCGUGGAUGGCGGCGUGAUCCCGCCUUUGGUGCGCCAGCUGAAGGAGUACCAUGGGCAGGAGCGGGCCCAGGCCGCAACGUCCCUGGCCCGUUUGGUCAAGGGCAAUGCUGCAGGGCAAUCAGAGGUAGUGAUGGCGGGGGCAGUGGCUCCACUCCGGCGGCAGCUGAUGGCAUCGACGGCUCUCCAGCGCACAGCUGCGGCGACCUGCAUCAGCCGAUUGGUAGAGAACAACCCUGAGAACCAGCGCGCCUUUGCCGUGGAGGGGACAGCCAGGCCUCUGAUCAGCUUACUGAUUGCAGAAACCACUGAGGAGCGAACGCAGGCGGCCGUUGCGCUUGGGCAGAUGGCCAAAGGCCAUCCAGAGAACCAGUCCCGGCUCACAGAAUCCGGCGCCGUCGAGCACCUCGCAGAAUUGCUACGAGCAGAAGAAGGGCUAGAGCGGGACUGUGCUUCCUUCAGCCUUGCCAACAUCUUGGACAUCAGCUAUGACCAAGUCAUCGCCGACAUCAGCCGUGCACGCGAGGUGGAUGUGGCUAUCCAAAUCUGGAAUAAUCUGCUUGCCGGCCGGAAACGCCUCGCCAACAUCGCACCGCCGAAGAAGAACCCCAAGUUCUCUUUCAGGAGCAACGUAACUAGCAGCAGCAACCUGGAUUCGUGA